GAUAGCGGUGCUCGGUGCCCAGCAAGCGGCCCAUCACCUCCUGCUCAUCCUCCUCCUCGUCCUGUCCAUCAUUUCUUCGCCUUGCGGGCCACACGGUCGCACCGCUCUCUCACAGCCUCGGCCCCGGCACCAUGGCUGCCUUCAAGAAGGGCCGCCCUGCGAACCUGACACUCGAGGUCAACACGGGAACACGGCCUCACAGCAACACGAUCAUCGAACUCGAAACCCCCGUCGAGUAUCCGUCCGAACGCGGCGAAGACCUGUUCCACCUCUCCUCGCCCUCCUCGCCGUCGUCUGACUCAUCAGACUCGCCCACAGAAUACCCCAGCCAUCUCGAGACUGACUCUGACACGACCUCAGACGAGCUCGCCAAGGACCUCGCAGCCCUGGAACGCCUCCGACGCAGCGUCCAGAAGAAUCUCCGCCUCCGGCCCCUCCGUUCAUCGUCGUCGAUGCAGAGCGCAUCAUCAUCCCCCGUCGUCCACUCUCGUCAGUCCUCCUACACCGCUUGGUCAGACGCGUCAGACGGUCGCUCCCCCAGCCCGAGCGGCAGUGCCAGCCCUGCCAGUGUCUACUUUACCCCGGUCUCCGAACCGAGAGCGACGCCGCUCAGCGCAGUCUAUCGCGACAGCGACAAGUGGAGGCUAUCUGCCAUCGAGCAGUCCCGCAGGCAACAAUCCACACGCGGCCUCGAUCCUGCUGUCCUUGUCGCACGUCUCUCCGCUCCGACACGACCGCUCCUUAUAGACACCCGGCCGGUCGCGUCGUACAUGGCCAGCCGCCUGGAACGCAGCAUCAACAUCGCUAUUCCAUCACUCAUUCUCAAACGAUCUCGCAAAGCAAAUGGUGGGUUCUCAGACCUCGACGCGUUGCGUCAAUACAUCACGACAGAGGACGGCCAGCACAUAUGGGAUGACAUGAUGAGUAGUGGUGAUUGGGAUGGCGACAUCAUCGUUUACGACGAGACCAUGGACGAGAAGGACAGACACAACCCGAUGGCCACCGCAUGGGCCCUUCUGCCCAUUGUGGAACCACUCCUCACUGAUGGCAGUGCUGACUACCUCGAGGGUGGGCUCGUGGCUGCGCGCCGUCAUGCAUACCUGCGGCAACUCAUCACUACAGAGGAUCGCCUGGAAGAAAGCUAUCCGGAGGACCCCGCGAUAUCUGGUAAAAAGAGCAGUGGCCUGUUCCAGCUUGACGUCUCGUCUGCCAGUCGCAACAGGAGCCUCCCGCAGGUCGACCAAGCACCCGCCUCACCUGUCCCCAUGAUGCCCUCCGCCAUUCAUUCCUGGCAUGUCGCCGGCGCGGACUACUCGACACCUUCUCCCCCACCGUCACAAACAGUGUUCAACCGCCCGCCCCCGCCGCGAAGACCAAGCAUCCCGCAACUAGGCAAAAUCGACACGAGCUCCGCCGAGCGACUUAACGCCGGCAUGCCCAGACUCCAGGUCCGCACGCAGCCCGUGAAAGCGGCAACGUUAUCCGCACCACCAUUGCAUGGCUUCGAUACCACUUCACUUCGCUCGCGUUCGCGCUCACCUUCACAUCUGAACCUCUCGUUCUCAAAUCAUUCUCCACCUGGUUCGGCGCGCCUCUUGUCCCCCGGAGUCAAUGGCUCCUUCGAAUACUUGCCUCCACCAUCUCCUUCCUUCAGCCACAGUAGUGGCGGAACACACAGUCCCGGCACGCCUAUGCCUCCAUCGCCUAUGACGGCGCGCCCUGAUUCAUCACAACCACCAACAACGGAAGAGGACCCAUACCCUGUCUUCACCGUAUCGACUAUCCUUCCGAAUUUCUUGUACUUGGGCCCAGAGCUGACUGCCGAGGAGCACGUCGAGGAACUCCUUUCUCUUGGUGUAAAGCGGAUAUUGAACAUCGCAUUCGAGUGCGACGACGAUCACGGGUUGCUUUUGCGCGAGCGGUUCGAGCGUUACGUGCGGAUACCCAUGCGAGAUACGGUCGAGGAGGAUAAUAUAACUCGUGGCGUCCGCGAAGUAUGCGAGCUCCUAGACGAUGCACGAUUGCAUUCUUCUCCGACAUACGUACAUUGCAAGGCGGGCAAGUCGCGAUCGGUGACGGCCGUCAUGGCAUACCUCAUCCACGCGAACCAUUGGACAUUAUCGAAGGCGUACGCCUUCGUACUCGAGCGGAGAAAGGGCAUCUCGCCCAACAUCGGGUUCGUCUCAGAGCUGAUGACCUUCGAGGAGCAAGAGCUGGGCGGCAAGUCCGUUGGCGUCGUGAAGAUGACGCCGACGAGCGCGGACUCGGUGCCGAGCGAGGAGGCUGCAGGCGGCUCCAGCAACGGCGCAAACUAUGGGGUCGCAUUAGGCGGCCGGCGCCCGCAGCACAUCCGCGAAAGCCUGCCGCCCCUGUUCACGCGCGAACACUCCUUCAACGUCGUACCCGUGCCGACGGCAGACGACACGGCCGCCAUUGGUGACUCAGGCCAGGAGAUGGAGAUCAAGGACGCCUCGGGGCGGUACAGACAUGCACGCCGUGCACCUGUCAACGAGGCGACGUUGCAGCCGAUGCGACGCGUCAGCAAGGCUGGCUUAGAGAGUUCUGCGUAUGCAUGACACGGCAGGAGUGCGGACACGCACAUCGAUAGCAUGUACAUAUCGUCUCGUUCUGACCUCACCUGCUAUUCGGGCAUCUGGCAUACACUCAUUCGCUUACACCUUAUUUUAUGAUGUCUACUUCUCACCUACUCGUUCGGACGUAUCGUACCAUCUCACCGGGCUCAUUCAUUGCACAGUGCCAUGUAAGAGUACAUUUCGAGGAUGUAUACAAACAGCAUUCGGAUUUUCU